UUCUGCUUUCCUGCUUUCUGCUAUUCUGCCAAGGUGUGAAUUUUUCCGAAGAGUGUAGUUCUCGUGGCUCGUGGUUCUGCUUUCUUUCUGUUCUCGGUAUAUCGUUUCUAGGUUAAUGUGCUGGGGAUUAUUUUACAUUAUUUCCUGAGAUCACAUGAUAAAUGUAUAUCAUAUGUGAAUUUUGAAGGUGUUUGUGAAGCGCGUUUCAACCAACUGCUUCAUGAAUGCGAAAACUACGAUCUCGUAAUACAGCACUCGGUUUUCUUCUCGAGUGACAAAUGUUAGAGGAGAUGACAAUAUUUUACUGAUUUUUGAUAUAUAGAGUAUAUAUCAAAAGAAAAAUGUCAGACGAUCCAAGCUUGUAUAGAUUAGAGGGAACAGUAGGGGAUCAAGCAGGUGGUCUGGUCAUACGUAAGAAAGCUUCGGACCACACUUUCAAGAAGCCUUCUAUCCUCGGUCUCGACAAACUUGCAGAACGAAAAAGAAGGGAACAAUCGCAGGAACCUACCAGUUCCAAGUCUAACAAAUCUGAAGGAAAAGACAGAAGAUAUCGAUCUUACGAAGAGGAAACUCCUACUCAUACUGGAGGUGUCAAUUCCGAAGCGCAACAGAGAUUGGAGGCGCGACUCAAGCGUCAGCGAUUAAGCGCGGAUGAUAGGAAUUCUAGAAAUUCAUAUAAAGGACGUGAGAGAGACAGAGAUAUGUACAGGCGAAGGGAUCGCGACAGUCGGAGCAGAGAUAGUAGCGUGAGGCAAACACCUCUGAGAUUUAAAGACGAGCCCCAGACGCCGAAGUUCCGAAUGAGAGAUCCAACUUCUAAGAGCAAUUGGGACGAUGAUGAAGACGAAGAGCCGAGACGAUCGAGCUGGGAUCAUCCGACACCGAAUCUUUAUGGUAACAGAGAUGGUCGCGACAGUGUCAGAAGUGAAUUUACUCCUUCUUAUAAGUACAACUCGUGGAACAAAGAUUUUAAGAGUUCCGGUGCCACUCCAAUGAUAGACGGAGAGGAGAAGGAACUGUGGGAAGAGGAACAGCAGCGACUAGACCGAGAGUGGUAUGCGCUAGACGACGGAGAGAAUAACGCUUUCGCCAAUGUGUCCGAGGAAUAUACACGAAAGAAAGAAAUGGAAUUGGAGGCUAGGAGGCAGAAACGUCUUUCCGCCCAGCAACGACAGAUAAAUAAGGACAACGAAUUAUGGGAGCGUAAUCGUAUGUUAACGUCCGGAGUGGUGAGCUCGUUGGACCACGACGACGAUCCUGACGACGAGGGAGAGGCGAGAGUUCACUUGCUGGUUCACAACGUGGUUCCACCGUUUCUGGAUGGGCGCAUCGUGUUCACGAAGCAGCCGGAACCGGUUGUACCCGUGCGUGAUCCCACUUCCGACAUGGCUAUGGUAGCGAGGAAAGGUUCGGCGCUGGUCAAGGCAUACCGUGAGCAAAAGGAGAGACGUAGGGCGCAGAAGAAGCAUUGGGAACUGGCCGGAACGCACAUCGGCAAUAUUAUGGGUGUACAUGAUCGACGUAAAGACGACAAGGAGCUUGCAGGGCAAGAGACGGACUUCAAGGCCGGACAAAAGUACGCUCGGCACAUAGGGUCCGGAGAGGUGACGGGAGAAGCUAGGCACAGAUCUAUACAGCAUCAAAGGAGGAGUCUCCCUGUGUUCGCGGUACGUCAGGAACUGCUGAACAUUAUCAGGGAGAACAACGUCGUUGUAAUAGUAGGUGAAACCGGUAGCGGCAAAACUACGCAAUUAACGCAGUAUCUUCACGAGGACGGCUACAGUCGCAACGGUAUUAUUGGUUGUACUCAGCCUAGAAGGGUCGCUGCUAUGUCCGUCGCGAAAAGAGUAUCCGACGAGAUGGCCACUGCUCUAGGCGAAAAGGUCGGAUAUGCGAUACGUUUCGAAGACUGUACUUCGAAGGAUACGGUCAUCAAAUACAUGACCGACGGUAUUUUACUAAGAGAAAGCUUGAGGGAAGGAGAUCUGGAUCGUUACAGCGUGAUUAUAAUGGACGAAGCUCAUGAACGAUCACUUUCCACCGACGUAUUAUUUGGUCUCCUUAGAGAGGUUGUCGCUAGACGGCAUGAUUUAAAAUUAAUCGUCACUUCCGCGACGAUGGAUAGCAGCAAGUUCUCCGCUUUCUUUGGAAAUGCGGCAACAUUCCAAAUACCUGGACGCACGUUCCCCGUCGAAGUGCUGCACGCGAAAAAUCCGGUCGAGGAUUACGUGGACGCGGCUGUGAAGCAGGUCUUGCAGAUUCAUUUGCAGCCCAAAAGCGGCGACGUAUUGGUCUUUAUGCCCGGUCAAGAGGACAUCGAAGUCACUUGCGAAGCUCUGAAAGAACGUUUAGCCGAAAUCGAAUCGGCUCCGCCUCUUUCCAUCCUGCCUAUUUAUUCCCAGCUGCCGUCGGACCUGCAGGCGAAGAUCUUCCAACGAUCCGAGGGAGGUCUUCGCAAAUGUGUCGUGGCGACCAAUAUAGCAGAAACGUCGUUGACAGUCGACGGAAUCGUCUUCGUCGUAGACUCGGGAUACUGUAAAUUGAAAGUGUACAAUCCUCGAAUAGGUAUGGACGCUCUGCAAGUGUAUCCCGUGUCGAGAGCGAAUGCUGAUCAGAGGCAGGGUCGAGCCGGUCGUACCGGUCCUGGUCAAUGCUACAGAUUGUACACGCGAAGGCAAUACUUGGACGAAUUAUUAUUAACGGGAGUUCCCGAGAUACAACGUACAAAUUUAGCUAACACGGUACUGCUACUGAAAUCGCUGGGAGUUCAAGACUUAUUGGCGUUCCAUUUCAUGGAUCCACCGCCGCAAGAUAAUAUAUUGAAUUCGUUGUAUCAGUUGUGGAUCUUGGGGGCACUUGAUCAUACCGGGCGCUUGACACCCCUCGGACGACAAAUGGCCGAAUUUCCCUUGGAUCCACCGCAAUGUCAAAUGCUUAUAGUCGCUUCUCAACUUGGCUGUACCGCGGAUAUCCUCAUUAUCGUCUCCAUGCUGUCGGUUCCAUCGAUCUUCUAUCGACCAAAGGGACGCGAGGAAGAUUCAGAUUCGGCACGCGAAAAGUUCCAGGUGCCGGAAUCAGAUCACCUGACAUAUUUAAAUGUAUACAAUCAAUGGAAGGCGAAUGGUUAUUCGAGUUCCUGGUGUAAUGACCAUUUCAUACAUGCAAAGGCGAUGCGCAAGGUGCGGGAGGUACGGUCGCAGCUCGAGGAAAUUCUGAAGCAACAGAAGAUGGACGUCGUUAGUUGCGGCACCGACUGGGACAUCGUACGAAAAUGCAUCUGUUCCGCUUACUUUCACCAAGCGGCGCGCUUGAAGGGCAUCGGCGAGUACGUCAAUUGCCGUACUGGAAUGCCUUGCCAUCUUCAUCCCACCUCCGCGCUGUUCGGCAUGGGCUUCACACCUGACUACGUCGUAUACCACGAGCUCGUGAUGACCGCCAAGGAAUACAUGCAGUGUGUCACUGCAGUGGACGGUCACUGGUUAGCUGAAUUGGGCCCAAUGUUCUUCAGUGUGAAGGAGACUGGUCGAAGCGGUCGUGCGAAACGACGGCAAGCGAUGCAACACCUCCACGAGAUGGAGCAUCAGAUGAAAGAGGCCGAGGAAGAGAUGAAGGCACGCGCUCAGGAGCAACUCGAGCGAGAACAGGCAUCAGUCCGAAAGAAGGAAAUUUUAACGCCUGGUGUUAGGGAACCGGGUACCCCCGCCCCGUAUCGUAACACACCCGGAAGAUUAGGAUUGUAAUCGGUUUUACAUUCCUAAGCUUUCAGUUUUUUUAUGUACAAUGUCGUGAAUUAGGGUACCUAUAUGUUUGACAAACAGAGGUCUUUUUCCCUACUGUAAUACUGAAGUUACUACUGUAUAAAAUAAUAUAAGAAAAAAAUAGUAAAUAUAGCUUGACAAUUUAUCGCUGUGGCUGCAAUAUCAGUGAUGAAAUUUUUAAUCUUAAUGAUCUCUGGAUUUUGUUGGUUUCCAUUUUUCUUGCAGCACAAACAAUACAUAAUUAUAAUAUACAAUUACAUUAUAAACUGUAUUUUCAGAUUAGGUAACAAUUUAAUCUCUGACUCUAAAUACAAAAUGAUAAAUAUACAUAUAACACAAUUGAAAUUUUUUAGAUAAUUAAUAUUGUACAAAAUACUAUGU